AUUAUUUGACGUAAAGCGUAAAUUGUUGGAUGGUCAUUCGAGUUCUGAUAAUUUAUCUUAAAAGAUGUCUAAGAGAUAUGGCAAAAGCAAAGUUUCGUCUCCUGCUAAAAAAGUGAAGCUUGAUGUAACGAGACAGCCAAACGUGCGUAUAGACAAAAAAUCGUCACAUAGUGCCAGACAUGUCGAAAAAGGUAAAAUUAAUGAUUUGUGGGGCGAUGACUUUGGGGAGGAAGAAAUUGAAGAAAUGGACUUUAUCGCAUCCCAAGCAACGCAAGAGGAAGUCAUUUUUAUACCACCCAAACCAAAAGGCGAAUCAAAUCGAUUGUCCAAGAAUUUGUAUUCGGAUGCCAUACCGUCUACUAGUUCUGGUUUCAGAGGGGGAGCAAAUUUGCAAAAGGAUUAUAGCGUGUCUAGAGUAACGCAGUCGCAAGUAUUGGGUUGUUCGGAUGUGAAUAAAGAAAUUAUCGAAAGUACUCAGGCGAUAGUCUUUGAUGAUUUUGAAAGUAACAUUAAAAGCAAUUCUCACAAUUCGACUUUUCUCAAAAGAGAAGAUUCAUCGUCCAAUAAUGUCGUCUUGGUCUCGGAUGACGAUCAGGUUGAAAAAUGGAAAGAGGAAAAGCAGAAGUUGCUGGAGGAUUUCAUGACAAAGGAAGGCGAAACGGAAUUUCUACGACAGCAGCUGUUUCAGAUUCAAAUGCGAGCCGAGAACGCUAAAAAAGAACAAACGCGUUUGAUGGAGGAGCAAGUGCAAAAGCUCAGAGGAGAAAUAAGUGGGCUGCUUAAAGAGAAAACUGCCCUGGAAACACAAUUACAGCUACAGGGAUUGCAAUUCAAUAGUGUUUCUGAAAAAUGUAAGCUCUUAGAAUCAGGUUCUAUUAAAUUUACUCAACCCCAAAUUACAAUGGUUAAGGCCAGCAAGGACAAAAGUAAUUUGCCCGUGAAUUGGAUGUCAAAGAAGGUUAAAACGAAAGAGAGUAGCGUCCAAGUUGAACAAAGACCAGUAUUCGAAUUUUUAAAAACCACUAUUAUUCACUAUCCUCUUAAAAAGAUACCUCAGUGCAUAUUCGAGCCAUGCGAGCCCGAAAAGUCCGUUAUCAUUAUUAAACUUGAAGAGAAGAUUGGUAAAAAGAAUUUAGCCAUUAUACAGGAAGAGGAAACCUUUCGUAUUUUUGAAAAUCCAGAAUUAUCGAAGCCAAAAUUUACCAUCGUUAAUGGUCAAAAUUUAAGCACAGAAUUUUUUUUACCCGAUCUUGUAAAGCUUGUAAAUAAAACCCAGGACGAAAUUAAUUCUUCGGAUACCAUUCCAAUUCUUAAUAAACUAAUCGCCACGACGCGAGAGCUCUUGCUCAACUCCACCUUGGUUUUGCAAAAGAUUUCGCAAGGCCUGCAGAACGACGACAUCCGGGAUAUGAACGAACUGUAUCUGUCAGAGUAUUAUGAGAUGCCGGUGCUUCAUACCAGGUCCGUCUGCGAAGCGCGACCUUGGUACGACCUCGAGCGCGGUAUCGAGACGCGACGAGCCUUCGGUGUCCUCUCUUACGUAAGCACCGCAUCCAAGUACCUCGCCGAUUACGUAGCUGGCAAUGUCAAGCUUAAGACGGACAAGGACAGCGACUAUGAUGCUUACGCCUGUCAAAUGAAGAGCUACGACGCUUGGUACAAGAAGGGUUUCGAGUUUGAGUUCCUUGAGCUAAUCCUGGAGUUCGUCACCGUCAUUGGUACCAUUAGAAGAUCGCACCAGUUUACCGGUCUCAUCAAUGCAAUAUUGACGUUGAUUACAAAUGUACAGAAAAAUGUUGGAUUUUCCCCGCCCGAAUUAAAACGAGCUUGCACUAUUGUUAAAGAAAUAAUUUACAGCAGACCCUUACUUUCUUGUUUUUUACCAAUUUGCAAUACAUUAAAGGAAUUUUCCCAGUAUACCGAUUUUGUUAAUAAGCUAUGCAUUGCUCCAGAUAAGUGUGGUAUCAAUUAUUGGAAGGGCUCGCUUAAUUUUACACUAGAUUCAUGUGCCUUAGAGAUUUUUAUCGCACAAUUGGAUAACUUUAAGAUCGAUCCAAUUUCGAUAAUUAGUAUCACAAGUGACCUGGCCAUAUUUAGUAAAACAGCUCUUUUAAAGGAUUCCAUUCCUUGGUUGGAAAAGACGACAAGUUCGUGUAACUGUUGUUUAAAUUUAUUAAAAUUUAUUGUGAUUAAUUUAAACGAGUGUUCUAAAAUUAAUGUCGAGGAAUUGAAAGAUAAAUAUAUAGAGGCCGAUAUAUCGUGGAGAAUCUCGAAACAUGGCUAUAAGAUGAAUAAAAUCGUAUGGAAAAAUCAAAUAAACGAGGACUGGAAGAGUUUUGAGCAAUCACAGACGGAAAACUUUUGGAAGAUAUUAGAAUUGCGUCAGUCUGCUGCCAUAGCUUACGGAAUUCGACUGCUGAGUUAUCUUGCAAAACGAGAUUUAGAUUUUAUGAUUAGAUUAACGGACAUAGAAGAUGCGUUUCAUCUGUUUCUUAACAAUCUUAGUAAAAGGAACAAUUUUAAACUUAAAAAAAGUGAUGAAAUUGCACUGGAUAUUGUUAAGAAGACUUUUGUAUUAGAAAAGAAAGAGGAGAAUAAAGAUAAGUCACAACAGUUAAAUCUUGUUGAGCUGGAAAGUUCAAGGUGGACAGACUUUUCACCCACUAUACCGGAUUUAAUAAGAUUAUACGAAGAUACACUGUGAUACUUAAAAAAUAUUACGAGACGGCUGUUUUGAUUCAUACUGUCCAGUUGCAACUUGAUGCCUAUAAAUUUCCAGUUCUCUACGCUCUUGCUGAAAGUAUAA